CUGCGGAGCCAGGGACUCCCGGGGACAAUGCAGGCCCGGUCCAGUGAGGUGGGCCUGGGGGACAGAAAACCGAGAUUCUAAGGAGCUAACGGCAGGGAGUAAGUUGGCUUUCGUUAAACCAAGGUCAAAGGAACUAACGGCCCUCCGCCCGGCCCCGUCGCCGGCCUCCCGCCACAGGCGUCGCUGUGCGCUCGCGCCGAGCAGGGCUUUCAGUUUCUGGCGCGAACUUCCGCCGUCCCGAAGUUGCAGGGCGAAUGGGCACGAUGUCCGGGGACAGCAGCGGCAGCCGGGGCGAGGGCCGGGGACGGGGCCGCGACCCGCACCGGGAUCGCCCCCGCUCCCGCUCCCGCUCGCGAUCCCCUCUGUCGCCCGCGUCCCGCCGCGGCGCCGCACCCGAGCGCAGGGAGGCCCCGGAGCACCCGAGCUUGGAGGACGCAGAGCCGUCGGAUUCCGGGGACGAGAUGAUGGACCCGGCCAGCCUCGAGGCGGAGACCGACCACGGCCUGUGCCGCCAGAUCCGCCACCAGUACCGGGCGCUUAUCAACUCCGUCCGACAAAACCGGGAGGACAUACUGAAUGCCAGCGACAAACUAACAGAGGUCCUUGAAGAAGCCAACACUCUGUUUAAUGGAGUGUCCCGAGCGAGAGAAGCAGUCCUAGAUGCCCACUUUCUUGUUUUGGCUUCAGAUUUGGGCAAAGAGAAAGCAAAGCAGCUACGCUCUGAUAUGAACUCAUUUGAUAUGUUAAGAUAUGUGGAAACUCUACUGACACACAUGGGUGUAAAUCCGCUAGAAGCUGAAGAACUCAUCCGUGAUGAAGAUAGUUCUGAUUUUGAAUUCAUAGUCUAUGACUCCUGGAAAAUAUCAGGCAAAACAGCAGAAAACACCUUUAAUAAAACCCAUACAUUCCACUUUCUGUUGGGUUCAAUACAAGGAGAGUUCCCUGUGCCAAAGCCACGAGUUGAUCGUCCAAAAAAAGUUCGUAUGAUAGAAGAGCAGAAGGCAAUGCCUGACCAGUUAGAAAAAAUGGAAGAAUCUCAUCAAGAAGCAACAGAAAAAGAGGUAGAAAGAAUCUUGGGAUUGUUGCAAACAUAUUUUCGAGAUGAUCCUGAUACUCCAAUGUCCUUCUUUGACUUUGUGAUUGAUCCAAAUUCCUUCCCCCGUACAGUGGAAAACAUCUUUCAUGUUUCCUUCAUUAUACGGGAUGGUUUUGCAAGAAUAAGACUUGACCAAGACCGACUGCCAAUAAUAGAGCCUGCUAAUUUUAAUGAAGAAAAUGAAGGAAUUGACCAAAACACACAAGUUAGGAAUCAAGCAAUUAUAGCUUUGAGUUACCAUGACUGGAAGGAGAUUGUGAGGACCUUUGAGAUUUCAGAGCCUGUAAUAGCUUCAAGUCAGAGCCAGCAGAGACCAUCUUGAUGCCAGCUGAAGGACUCAAAUGGAUAGUGAAAUCCAAAAAGGAAAGCAGCAUGUACUGUAUAUAUUGUAUGAUUAAGCAUUUUUAAAGAUCGUUUUUAGUAAAAUGUAGCUUUUGAUAGUUAAUGAAUUUGUCAUAGUUGUCUUUGAUUAAAGGAAAUUCACUGCCAUAUUCACAAAUAA